AUGGGAAAAACUGGGGCUGCCACCCCUCAGCUCCUCUGGCCAGUCCCGUUGAUUCUGGAAGCUCUCACUCAGCGCGUAGCGCGCAGCGCAGAAAUAAGUGCGGCUCCAACAAUUCGUAUAUUACUCUUCUCCCUCGUUUUUCGCCCGUUCGCUCGUCUGGAAGAUCAAGCAAGUUUUGUCGUUAUCGUAUUCUCAGUUCCCGCCGCGAUGUGCCCGCUCUCGACCGCACAGUGCGCAGAGCGCGAAUUGGCGCCCCUCAGACUGACAACGGAGAAACUUGAAGAACUCGCAGCGGCAUUCAAGGAUGAGAUUAUCAAGGGACUUGCAAUGCACAAGCAUCAUGGCCUCAAGUGGGUUCCCGAGGAAUGCUCGCUCCGUAUGCUGGAUUCUUGUGUUUCCGUCGUGCCAACUGGACAUGAGAAAGGCGUGUUCUAUGCCCUAGACUUUGGCGGGACCAAUGUGAGAGCUGUGCGCUGCGAACUGAUGGGAGAAGGGAAGAUAGUCUCCAAGCAGUCACUUAAGAACUUGUAUGAAUGCGGAGGGGAUGUGAAUCUGAUGGCUCGCGAGACAUCUGCCUCACAGCUCUUUGACGUUUUGGCUGCCUGUGUCAGCGAACUUGUCGAUGACCAGCAGCAAGAUAGGGAGGCAUUCAACAAAGGACCGGGGUUGCUCGGAUUUACUUUCUCUUUCCCCUGCACGCAGAGCGCUCUGGAUACCAGUAUUCUGGAGGCGUGGACGAAAGGCUUCAAAACAGGUUAUGACACUACAGAUCCAGUGGUGGGACAGGAUGUUGUGACGCUUCUCGAUGCAGCUAUUUUAAGAAAAGGACUAAACGUUAAAUGCGCAGCCGUCGUCAAUGACACAGUUGGAACUAUGCUGUCUUGCGCCUAUCAAAAACAGCCUGGUUCUCCUCCUUGUAGCGUGGGGGUUAUCCUCGGCACUGGAGCGAACUGCUGCUAUGUUGAGCCCGAAGCAGCGGCAAACGGAUAUAAAGGGCGCGUCAUCAACGUGGAGUGCGGCAAUUUCAAUAAGCAUCUCCCCACCACUUCUGUAGAUACAGCUAUUGAUGAGAAGUCGCCCAACAAAGGCGAGCAGCUGUUCGAGAAAAUGAUCUCCGGCUUCUAUUUGGGUGAACUUGUCCGACUGCUCACUCUCCGUAUCUUCGGAAACGCUGCUCCUGCAAAGGCAAAGGAAGAGUUUUCUUUGGACACGAAACAAGUUGCUAUUCUUGCUUGUACCUGCGUUCCCGGUACUCCAGUGGACGCAGCUGCAGAUCAGAAAUGCAGAGACACUCUUAAGGAGUCAUGGUGUUGGGAAACUGACGACGCGUCUCUGAAGAUUAUGAAGGAUAUUGCGUUCGCGGUGUUUGAUCGCUCCGCGGCUCUUGCUGCUAUAUCCAUAGCUGUCCUGGCAGAACGCACCGGCGAGCUCGACAAUAACGGCAGCCUGACGGUUGCUGUGGAUGGCUCUUUGUACGUGCGGAACGCGUGGUACGGCGAGCGGAUCAGCGAAUACAUGAAGAUUCUCACGGGGGACAAACAGAAGCGCAUUACGCUAAGGGCUGCUGACGACGGUUCAGGGAAGGGCGCUGCCAUCUGCGUUGCUGCCCUAAACGGAGGAUACCAUCCGUAA